AAAAAAUGUAAAAUUGGACGCCUGCAAUUAGUAACAUAUCAGCAGAGAGGACUGUGCAGAGCCAUAAGAAAACAAAGACGGGACCACGUCAGUCAGUAUCAGAAGCCAUGGUUUUAAAGUUAGUUACAACCUCAUUACCCUCAGAUUGAGGCCAUAUAACCCUAAACCCACAAACAGAAGGUCGGGCGGGAUGAAAUGUUCUUGUUUUCCCAUGUGCAGUGAAGCGUGCACGUCAAGGUAAAUAUUCUUUUUUCAGCAUGAAAUAGGCCUUUGUUGAUUGCCAAGAGGUAAAGAGGCGGAAAAGUGAGGAGGAUCUGAACUGGUUUCCAUGUCAAACACUUCAAUUCACCAUAGAAACUCAGAUCUUAACGCGGAAACUUUAUUAAACUGUGAUGGUGGAUUGAUAAGGGCCGAAUUUCUAUCGGCCUCUUUUUAUUGUGGGCACCAGGCGGGCUGACAGAGGUAAAUUGCUCUUUUAAUUAAAGCAAUGCACCAGGGGAAAUUGCUGUCUGAAUAUUGUCUCAGAGAUGGGGGCCAGUGACAGUUGCCUGGAAACUUCAAUCUGUCCACCCGCAUUUAUUCCAGAUCACAGUUAUGAGAUAAAGUUUAAUAAAAAUCUUUUCCUCCGCCACCAACGAAAUGAAAUCCAACCCUUUCUGAACAAGCGAACACAAUGAGACAGGACUGCGGAGGAAACCUCAUGUUCAACAUGUAUCUCUCGGAUCCAACAGAAAAUCUGUUGAAAGAAAGCAAAGGAGCAUCAUGGGGUCCAAUUAACACGGGAGUGCAAAAAGGCAGCGGGCAGAUUCAGCUGUGGCAGUUCCUGCUCGAGCUGCUGUCGGACAGCGCCAACAUGUCGUGCAUCGCCUGGGAGGGCACCAACGGCGAGUUCAAGCUCAUCGACCCGGACGAGGUCGCCCGGCGCUGGGGGGAGCGCAAGAGCAAGCCCAACAUGAACUACGACAAGCUGAGUCGCGCCCUGCGCUACUACUACGACAAGAACAUCAUGACCAAAGUCCACGGCAAAAGAUACGCCUACAAGUUCGACUUCCACGGCCUGGCGCAGGUGUGCCAGCCGUCCACCACAGAGCAGGCCAUCUACAAGUUUCAGGGUAACUUCUCCCCGAUUCACUUCUCUGGGAUUUCCAAACUGAACCUCGUGGCUCCCGCCGUGGGGCCGUCGGGCUUCUCCUACUGGCCCGGUUCUCCUCCGGCCGCUCUGUAUCACAGCCACAACCUCCAGCCUCCUGCGCCCUUUGGCACCGUGUCUCCGUCGCACAUCAGCUGUGUCAACAACCUGAGUAACAUCAGCAACCACUACAACUGACGUCCAAUGUGUCUUUGGGAAAAAAUGAGGGAGAGUAAUGAGACGGGUGUGACGGAGAGCGCAGAAAGGUCUGUUGGGCUGAGUAGAAAAUGACCUAGUUGGUAGGAAUUAAACGUGUAUGGGUAAAUUCAGUAGCAUAAAGUCCACACUUUUAUGCUGCUAAAACGACAGUUUGGGGCAAAUCACGUUAAUUGCGUUUCUAAUCAAAAUGAUAUUUGUGCCUCCUGCAGGCCGACGCAUCUAUUCGCCAAUUCAUUAGGAGAGUUGCCUAUCAAAUUACGCAUAGUGUUUGAACCUUUACGCGCGGUAUUUCAAUAUUCAAAUUAAUAUUAUUUUAAUCCAUUAACUAUAUUAUUUAUAUACAAUCUCAGAAAUUAAAUAAAAAACUGGACACAUUUCUUGACAGAUAGGGGGGAAUUUAGAAAUAAAUGAAUAGUAGAUUAUUUUAAAUUAAUUAACAUUGUGUUUGUUUUUGACAGUUUACGGUUAUUAUUGUUUUCGAUGUUCUUAUGUUUCCCAUUUUUUCUUUCUUGAGCUCCAGUUCAUGUAUUGUACAAGUGUGUUAGCGCACGUUUUCAAACUGUUACUGGACUACUGGCGCCAUCUGGUGGCAAUUUAAAGUAGUGCAGCGUGCCGCAACUAAGACAUGCAGUCAGGUUACUGCGUGAGCCUAAAUGAACCAUAGGUGUGAAUGUGCGGGGACUCUCUGAACUGGUGACACGUCCAAGGUGAGCUCUCGCGCGUUAAAAGCGGUGAUUUUCUGGCGAAUUUAUUAUCACUUUAGUGUCCAAACUCACAAGCACCAGGACAUUGUGUCAUGAAGAAACCUGAGAUAUACAUCAUUACUGUACUGCAUCAGUCCCCGAGGUCGCACCACGCCUUUCAUGAUCAUUUACUUUGAUUGACGUGCAAUAAAACUCCUACUCUAAUUGUACAGAUUUGUAGUUUGUGUGGCAGACGUGCCAACGAGAAUAGAAACAGAGGCUGUGAUUCCGUGGCCCAUUCUAAGAUGGCACACAGGUAAUUGCUGCGUUUUUGACCUUGAAGCGAAUUAGAACGUGUCCAGUCACAAAUGCUCACACUGUAGUAAUGAAAAGCCAAUAAAGUAAAUAAUUAUAAAAAAUUCAUGUUA